AUGCCUACUGAUAUUAGAAGCUUCUUUGGCAAACCGAGCCAAGGGUCCGACUCGUCGCCUGCGAAACCGCCGGCGAAAAGAGAGGACUCGACUGCGACGAGAAAAAAACGUAGCAGAAAGGUUGUGGACGACAGUGACGACGAGGAUGUUGUCGAGACCAAGGCGCCUACGCCAAAGGCCAAAGCUCCAACUAAACCAAAGCCCGAACCGGCCAAAGGAGAACCCACAUCGACAUCGGAUUAUUUCGCAUCCAGUAAGAAGAGAGGCCGGUCCGCUAAGACGAGCAAUGAGUCUCCUACCACUACACUAACGACCAACGAGCCGCCGGCCAGCGAUCGCAAAACCGGAAGCCCCCAAAAAGCGAAAGAAAGCCCCGUUGUUGAAGUCUCGAUAAAACCGGCGAACCGCGCAUCCCGUGAAGCUACAAAAAAAGAAAAGGCUAUUGAUGAUGAUAAUGAAGGUUUUGGCGGUGACGAUAUAUUCGCAACGGAAUAUGGAAAAUCGGGCAAAGGCGACGAUGACUAUGUGCAGGCCGACAGCGAUAAUGAUAGUGACCUCGAGGAGCUGGCUGUGAGACCGGCAACAGCAGCCUCCGGCAAAACAGCUCGUGGAAAGAAAGCCCCCAGCGCUGAAGAGGAUGACGACGUGGUCAUGGAGGAUAUCCCGAAAUCUUCUUCGAAAGCCUCGAAGUCGGCCGCUGAACGGCCGGGGCGCAAGCGGAAGUCUGAAGCUCUCGAUGAAGCCGAAGAAGACCAGGAUGGCGCGAAGAAGAAGAAAGCACCGACACCAUCGACAAAGAAACCAAAAGCAUCUCCCACCAAGCAAGCUCAGCCGGAGAGCAAAGAGAUUCAAGAUAUCUUUGACAGUAUUCCGACGAUCAAACCUCCCUCGCCUCCUCCAAAGAGUGAUGAAAAGAAAAAAUUCAACUUCGCUGCCCAGGCUCAGCGCUCAAGAACACCUCCAGGUGGUGGAUCUGCCGAACUACCAGAGGGCGCUGAAAACUGUCUUGCUGGACUAUCUUUCGUUUUUACCGGUGUCCUUGAGAUGAUAGGUCGGGAAGAGGGUCAAAAUUUGGUCAAGAAAUACGGCGGCAAGGUCACUGGUGCACCUAGUUCGAAGACAAGCUACGUGGUUCUGGGUAGUGAUGCCGGGCCUAGCAAACUGGCGACAAUACAAAAGCACAAACUGAAGACGAUCAACGAAGAGGGUCUAUUCGAGCUGAUCAGGCGACUUCCUGCAAAUGGUGGUGAUGGAAAGGCGGCUGAGAAGCAUGAGGCUAAGAGGAAAGCCGACGAAGAGAAAAUCCGUGCCAUGGCUGCUGAGAUUGAUCAAGAAGAGUCGCGCAAAAAGAAGGCCAUGGCAGCUGCUGCCCCUAGUCCGUCUAGCUCUCAAGGUCCGGUGGUUUCUCAAGGCGUGAAGGUGGACGACCGUCUGUGGACAUCAAAAUACGCACCGACGUCGAUCAACAUGAUUUGCGGCAAUAAGGCGGCCGUCGAGAAACUCCAGAACUGGCUCCGUGACUGGAGAAAGAAUGCGAAAACGAACUUUAGCCGUCCCGGAAAAGAUGGUUCUGGUAAAUAUCGCUCUGUCAUGAUCCAUGGACCCCCAGGAAUUGGUAAGACUACUGCGGCACAUCUGGUGGCCAAGCUUGAAGGUUACGAUGUUAUGGAGACAAACGCAAGUGACACCAGAAGCAAGAAACUUGUGGAGAAUGGUCUGGUUGGCGUCCUGGACACUACAUCUCUCCAGGGGUAUUUCUCAGGCGCUGGCAAAAAGGUCGAGAGUGAGAAAAAGAACAUGGUACUAAUCAUGGACGAGGUGGAUGGAAUGUCGGCCGGAGAUCGAGGUGGUGUCGGGGCCAUGGCUGCCGUUGCGAAGAAGACGCAAAUUCCUCUCAUUCUCAUUUGUAACGAGCGAAGGCUUCCGAAAAUGAAGCCAUUCGACCACGUCACGUAUGAGAUUCCUUUCAGGCGCCCGACAGCUGACCAGAUCAGAGCUAGGUUGUCUACGAUCUGCUUCAGAGAAGGCUUGAAGAUCCCACCACCAGUUUUGGAUAGUCUGAUCGAAGGUACUCAUGCCGAUAUCCGUCAAGUCAUUAACAUGCUUUCGACCGUGAAACUUGAUCAAAAGAACUUGGACUAUGACACGGGCAAGGAGAUGUCUAAAGCAUGGGAGAAGCAUGUGAUUUUGAAGCCGUGGGAUAUUGUUGGCAAAAUCUUGAAUGCUCAGAUGUUUUCCCCUAGUUCAAAGUCCACCUUGAACGACAAGAUUGAGCUCUAUUUCAACGACCACGAGUUCAGUUAUCUUAUGCUUCAGGAGAACUACCUGAAGACGAGACCAGUAUUGGCCAACAAUUAUCAUGGCAAGGAGCAGAAACUGAAGAUGCUUGAACUUGCCGAUAAUGCAGCUUCUAGCAUCAGUGAUGGCGACCUUGUUGACAGAAUGAUCCACGGCACGCAGCAGCAAUGGAGCUUAAUGCCAACGCAUGCUGCCUUCAGUUUCGUUCGUCCGGCUAGCUUCUCCUACGGAAACAUGAUGGAGCGCCCCGGGUUUACCAGCUGGCUGGGGCAGAACAGCAAGCAAGGGAAAAUGUCACGUUAUGUUAAAGAAAUUCAGGGCCACAUGCGGCUACGUUCUUCUGGCGAUCGGGAUGAGAUCCGACAACAAUACAUGCCGUUGGUCUGGGAGAAGCUCGUCCGCCGGCUGCAGAACGAGGGCAAAGAUAGCGUGGAGGAAGUUAUCGAUUUCAUGGACAGUUACUUCCUGACCCGCGAGGACUGGGAUGCCCUGCUUGAGCUUGGGCUUGGACCAAUGGAUGAAUCUACCGUCAAGCUGGAAACCCAGACCAAAGCUGCAUUCACACGUGUCUACAACCAGCGCUCGCAUCCUCUGCCAUUCAUGAAGGCCAGCAACGUCGUGGCACCGAAGAAAACGCCCAAGGAGAAGCCAGACAUUGAAGACGCGAUUGAUGAGUCAGACGAGGAGGAAGUGGUCGAGGAGGAGUCGAAGGAACAAGACGAGGAGGAAGAACUGGAUCUGAAGAAGGAUAAGUAUGUCAGCUUGCCUAAGAAGGCUGCGGCCGGCAAAGGAAAGAAGGGCAAACAGAAGGCUGCAGAUGAUGACGUGGAGGAGAAACCGAAGAAAGGGAAAGCCCGCAAGCCUAAAGCUAAGGCUUGA